AUGCCAGAUAUUCUUACUCAGGAUGGUAUGCUUGAAUUUGAUAACUUGCUAGCAACAAACCCACUCCCCGACAAAUUGCUGCUGCCUGAUUACAAAAUACUGGAUACAUCACAGAAAUUCAGCCAACCGAAGGAAAACUUGCUGUUUUCAGAUCUGGAGAAACAAAUGAAUCUAAACGCUGCUCAAAUACACCCGACACAUUUUUCAAUUGAAGAUAUUCAGUCGCAUCGGACACGAAGGGAACAGCACACCCAACAAGUUCAGCAAGAUUACCAAACGCAAAAGAGCAUCCCUGACAUUCAUUCCAAAACCAACUUUAACAUUAAUUCGGUAAUAUCCUCUCGGUCAUAUCACCAGGACUUAACCCACGCAACCGGCAGCUACGACUCAUCUCCUGAAUCCAAUUUUCCUUACACCCCGGUAGACUCCUUGGAAUCUUGCACAACAGACUCAAAUAUUGAUAACGAACUAGCGAAAAACAUAAAAGCAGAACUGUUUGAUGAUAUCCACAUCCUAGACGACCGUUAUAACGUUCAGAUUAAUACCAGCAACGCAGAUAAUACUGCAAGUGAUCCCGAAAUACUGUUAAAUGAUGAUAUAUUGGACAAAGAAAUAGAACAGAUCAUAUCCGCACCACUAGACGUACAAAUAGAUAGCCUCUACUCGACAGAAAACGAAAGGUUAGCAGUCAACAACCAAGCACAACUCAAUCCUCACAAGCGAGCUUACUCUGUUGUCAGGGGAACACCUACUGAGGACACAUUGGACAGAACUAAAAAGAGAAAGGUUGAAGAAACCAAAACUCAGUCUUCACAAAAGGAAACUAAGUUUCUAAAGUGUUUCUCCAUACUUAGGGCAAACUACCUUUCCGUAUGCAACUCUUAUAAUGAAGUUGUUGAUAAAUUAUCCACUGUUGAGGCUCAGAAUAAAAUCUUGUCACAAAACCUUGCCACCAAAGAAAAUGAGAAGGAGCAAUGGAAAAUUGAUAAGGAUCGAUUUCUGUUUGAAAGAGAAGACAUGAAGGCCAUGUUGGAUGGGUUGUUGCACGAAGUCACGGUAUUAAGACGCAGAGAAAGACAGAAUAAAAUGAGAUCCACGAUUGGCAAUAUGAUGCUUAUGAAGGAUGACACCGACUGA